CUAGAAGCCAGUUUUGUUUGAGUUGUGUCAAAAGCGGAUAAAUAUUAUUUCGUUUUCGCAAGCAAAUACAAUCACGCAGAAUAUAAUAACGAAGUCGAACAACAUUAUUUUAACAAUAACAUGGAAGUGCCUGAAGCUAUGAAGGAUCCUCAGUAUAUAGAAAAAAAACGGGAGGAAUUACGAAUUUUUUUUCAGGAUGUCAAACUUCCAAAAGAAAUGAUAGAAAAAGCUAUUGAAAAUGAACUGAAACCUUUGAAAACUGAUUUAAAUAGACCAUACAUAGCUGCGGCCGACCAAAGCAAUGUCAAGACUGAACAAGAAGUAAUGUCUGGACAACCCUUUACUAAAAUUGAUGACCACGGUAAGCCAUAUAAUUUUGAAGAAAUUAAGGAAAUGCUAAAAGAUAAUCCAAUAAUAGCGGAGAAAGCGCGCCAAAUUCAGAUUAUGGCAGAUAAUGAAAAUUUCAACAAACACGUAGCUAUACCGUUUGAAGAGAUAAAUGUAGCAGACUAUAAUGAAAUGAGGAAGGAAUUUGAUGAUGCUAAGGGUGACAAAGACAAAAUUAAACAUUUAAAUUACAAGAAUAUGCUAUCCCUAAUGACAUCUGUUUCUAACUAUAAGGCAAAAUGUGCGAAAAAACUCGAUGAACCAACUUCAGAGCAAAGCGAGUGCGCCGAUUCAGAUAAUGAUGAAAAAGAAUACGAAGCAAUAGAAAAAGUAGUCAGUCAGUACACAACAAAGUCUUAUGAAACACGAUUCCAAGAAACCAAGGACAUGUUAGGAAAGCUAGCCGAUAGCUAUGAAGAAGAUGAAAUAUCUCAAAACUCCAACGGAAAACCAGCAGCUGUAAUAGCCAGUAAUCCGAUACUGAAAGAUUCAUCAAUGCUCAUAAUUAAAGGUAAUAAAAGUCAUUCAAUAAUUAAAGAGGUACAAGAAUCGUAUGCUAUAAAUGAAGCUAUGAAUAUACCAAUAACAAGUAAUCCAGCUGCUUUAGAUUGUAAUCUAAAAAGCAAUAAGAAGGCAGAAGCGGUAAAACUGGAAGAAGAGGAAAAUUUAGACGUCCAGGAAGUAUUUCCCAAAACUUUUGCAGCAAAACUUAAAGAUACAGAAAAAGUAUUACGAGGAAUAAACUCCGUUCUUAACAAGACAUCAUCGCUAGCACUUGUAUCGAAUGAGAUGUCGAACAACAUUGAUGCUAAUUUGAAUUCACAGGAAGUGGAAAACAAAAAUGAACCUCAAAAAUUCGAUGAGGGCAUGGAACAGACAUUACAGAAUACUUUAGAAGGCAUAUUUGAGUCAAGUAACGGAGGAAAGUCAGAAAAUAAUGAAAUGGAAUAUAAAGAGAUGAAAAAUUUAGCUCGUAAUAUUGUUGAGGGAGCUGAAAAUUUAAGUACUCUAAUACGCGAAGAUAUAACAAAUAAACUGAACAGCAUGAAUGAAUUACUGAAUGACGUCAACGAAGCUCUAGAAAAUUCACGAAAAUCUAACAUUGCUUAUGAGAAAUUGAAGGAAGAGGGAGAAAUUCUUCGAGGUGAAAUAAAACCUGCGGAAAUAAAACCUGCAGAAAAAGUAAACGAAAUUCAGGAAGGCGUAGAACCUAAUAAUGUAUCUGAUCCACAGAUGGACAGUAUACAUGACGCCAUAGCUAAAUUGAAUACAGAACUUAAACAUCAUGAAGAAAGAAUAAACCAAAGCAAGGCCAGAUAUGAACAGAGGAAUGAUGAAUGCAAGACGUUCAUUAAAGAAGUCGAUCAAUUGUUAUUAAAAUCGCAUGACAUUUUACGACCAAUGAGGAAAAAAAUGGAAGAAGAGAGAAAUAAGGAAAUAGCUGAAGAAAUCAGACUGCAAGCUGAAGCACAAGCUUCCAUUGAAGACAAGCCUACGACUGAAAUGAAUGUCGAAGUUGAUGAAAAUGUGAAGAAGCCACGUAAAGAAUUGUGGGAUAUUGAUUUCUCUCAACAAAAUGAAAAACACAAAAAAAUUGCAGAGGCUCAAAAAGAAGAGCUCGAGCGAAGCAAGAAGAUAAACAAUCUUCUAUAUGACAUUAAAGAUAAGAUGAAAGAUAAUAAGGAGGUGAUAAGAUUAGCCAACAAUAUGUUGAGAAGGGAAGAGAAUAGACGGAAAGGUGUUCUGGAAAACUCUGGUAAGAUUCAAGAGUUACCAUCGGAUGAGAUAGACACCAAAGCUCAAGGAGAUCACAUUGAAGCAGCAGAAACGGAGUCAUCUGGCGGAAAGGAUGUUCCACCGCUUACCGAUGAGAUACAUCAAGAAGUGGAAACCGAUUUAGCGAAAAAGAAACAAUCUGAAGAAAUGAAAAAAUAUGGCGAGGCGGCAAAAGAGAGAAUAAGACAACGUGAAUUUCAAAAAAAGGUGGAGAAGGAAUUAGAAGAUAUGAAUAAAACCCCGAGAAUGACAAAAGAGUUCAUUAAAAACCAUUGCAGGCAACAUAAACUGUAUUGCACUCCAUACUUGAACGAUAUUUUGUAUUUACAUUUCAAGGGUUUUUCUAAAAUCGAAAACCUUGAAGAAUACACUGGUCUCAAAUGCAUAUUUCUGGAAAAUAAUGGCAUACAACGGAUUGAGGGACUAGACACAUUAUCGGAGCUCAAAUGUCUGUACUUGCAUUACAACAUUCUGCGGAAGAUAGAGAAUUUGGACGGAUGUCCCAAACUGGAUACUUUGAAUAUCGAUCACAAUUUUGUUUCAAAGAUUGAGAAUCUAGAUGUAGUCCCUGACUUGCACACGCUAAGUAUUGCUCAUAAUAUGUUGAGCGCCGUAGAUGACCUCGUUCAUUUACGACUUUGUAGAAACCUGUCCGUAUUGGACCUUUCUUACAACCGCUUAGAAGAUCCUCUGAUAGUCGAUGUGCUUGCUGAUAUGGUGAUUUUGAAAGUGCUGGUUCUGACCGGUAACCCUGUUGUACGCAACAUCCCAGCGUAUCGCAAGACAUUGACUCUCCGGUUAAAGGAACUGCUCAACUUGGACAACCGGCCGGUCUUCCCUAGGGACCGAGCUUGUGCCGAGGCUUGGCAACGAGGUGGUGUGCAAGAAGAAAUCGCUGAAAGGAGACGCUGGAUAGCAAAGGACCAAGAGAAAGUAAUGGAGAGUGUCAGGUAUUUGAUUCGAAUGCGUGAUGAAAAGAAAGCAAUAAGAGAAGCGAAGGAGAAGGAAGAGCGGGAGAAAGCAGGACUGUCACCGCAGGAAGAAGAAAAGCCAGAAAAUAAAACUGAAGAAAGUAAAAAAGAUCUUCUAGAGAUCGAAGGUCGUCCAGUACAAGAAGAUCCUGCUGAAGUGAAGAUCAAGGAAGGCGUAGCUGUGGACAUGCUCUCAGGAUCUGGAGAAGAUGAUUCUACAAGUGAAGAGAGCAGCGAUGAUAGCGAUAAUAAGGAAGACGGUAUUGAAACGGGAAACAUCGAGUGGUGCCAAGGGGAUCGCGGUAAUCGUCUUGUGCAAGAAAUCACCAACGAGCCCCCGCCGCCUCUGCCAGAUGACUACUGGUAUGGCUACGGGAACAUCAAGGCGAAGAAUCAAAGGCCUGACACUACGUCAGAUUUCCAAGCAAUCAACAACUUGCUUUUUAACCAAAACUCGCACGUAGGGAGGAAAGGAGUUACAAAGAUUUUAGAAGAAUCAAAAUCACGCGAGGGUAAAAAACGCAUAACAGAAAUAAACCCUGAAGAAGAAAAAGCUUCUGUAUCAGUAGAAAAGAAACCACUCGUUGAAAUUAUUGAUGUUGCCGACAGCAAAGACACCGAUGAAAAUAAGACCAAUGUAAAAGACGAUAGUAUUAUUGAAGAUGUAACUCAAACUGACACGCAAAUAAUGAAUAAAGACCAAACUACGUUUACAGAGAGGUCAGAAAAAGAAACUAAAAUUACCAGUAAUUCGAUAACUGUAGAAGAUAAUAAACCAUCUAUGAAGAAAUCUAAAACUACUAAGAAAAUUCCGAUCAAGGAGAUCCCAUUGGAAACCAAAGAUAAUGCAAAAGAAUCUCCUCAGAAAAACGAAGAAAACAAUACAAAACAAGAAGUGCAAAAUAAAGAAAAUGGAGAUAAUGCAGCUUCGACGAGUGAGGGAGCUGAGGGUAACGUCAAAGCACAAAUGGAAGGUGACGGUGUAGCUCUUAUAAACUAUAUGCGUCGUAUGAAUACUGAAGAAAUUGAUGAAGAUAAUUUAGAUUUAGAACCAAAUGCUGAGGACUUGGAGAUCUUCGCUGAACUGGACCGAGAGGAAGCAGAAAGACAGGCAAGGAUCGACAGAGGGGAACCUCCGUUUGACCCUAUGAAACUGUAUGAUAAAGAAAAGAUGGACGCUUACUACAAGGAGAAGGAUAGUUUGCCGGCGCAUUUGGUGCAGGAUAAGGCGAAGUUCACCACUUAUAGAAAUGACAAUGCUUUUGAUCGCAUCGCCUUGAGCCAACUAACUGCUGGAGAGAAACCUGAUGAAUCUAAAGUGAAGUUAACCCAUGUGCCAGGCGCGGUGCUGUUCCAAUACGUGGACAAUCAGGCACCUGCCGCAGAUGUACAAUAUGAAAUCGGAGAGGAGGACGUCGAGUCUGCCCCGUCAUCUGGUGAUACAGAUUCAAUCAAUAUAAUAUCUGAUACUAACACAAGUGAUGAGGAAGUGAAAGAAAAAGAAGAAGAGAAAGUAACAAAGAAACCGAAAAACAGACCAGUCACUGCAGCCAGUGGCAAACCAAAUAAAAAAUCUCCUGCAAAAGGAAAUACCACUUCUAAAGAUAAAAGCAAAGCUAGCGAUAAGAAUAGUGGAAGCGGCGUAGAAAAGAAAGCUGUUAGAAAGAAAUGUGACGGUAAAAGUGGAGGACAGAAAGCAGAUAGAAAAUCGUUUGGUAAAAGUCACGCUCAUCAUGAUAACGAAGAUUCAACUGUUCCUGGAGUUUCAGGUGAACAGGAACCAGUUCCCGGUGCUUCUGGAGAUACAAAUGUUGCCACAGAGUAUCCUAGUACAAGCAACAUUUUGCCCUCGUCGUACGAUACUAUGCUGAAUUUGGAUCGCAAGGAAGCGAAGAGAUCCAUUAUUAAGACCAUUAAUUCUUAUGAAGAUCAGAGAUUCCCUUCCCAAGGAGUAAUUCGAUCGGACAUGGCAGAAAAUGCUCGCAUAGAUCAGAACGUGGCCUCAGAGAUACUGGAUCGUACGCUCCAGUACGAGGAACGCGAGAUGUACCGCCAGUAUGACGUUAUGACUAGUCACGCUGGGAACAUCGACAACAAGACCAACGCCAUCAUUGAACGCAUGUCCGGGGAGCUCGAGAACGAGUACACACUGCCAGAAGUCUCCCAUAUCCUUGAAGUGCACAUGGAUGCAGCCGCACAACGGUGGAGAGCAGGUGACUUCGUACAGUUCAUACCAGGCAGCCCUUCCGGCUCUCUUCACGACGUCAAUGACGACCACGAAGCUACACUUAUCGCAAGCAAUAAUGAUUCCUUGUGCUUAGAAGACACGCUGACAGACGAGAAUGUUAGUAGGAUGUCAGCUAUUGUCGGAGAUGAUUCAGGAAUUGGUAAUGAUAUUACUAUGAGCGAUACAACGGAAGGUCAUGAUAAAAUCGUUGAAGGAAAUGAUAAAACUCAGAAUGAUAAUGUUGGUGACGACACUCUUAGCAUUGAAGAAAAGGUUCGUCAAGUGGAAGAAGGGAAAGGGAAGAACUUGGAAGGUGUUAAUCUUGCUAUAGCUUCUAGCUCUGGAGACGCCAGCUGCUCUGGCUAUCGAGCUAUUGAGUCUGAUGAAAAAGACGCUGCCGAAAAUGAUCUGAACGAUUCAAAAGUAUUUGAAUCAAUUCUAGGUGACGAAAACUUUAUGACUGACGUGUCUACUGAUGAUAUAUUUGAAGAUUGUGUGGAUGAUAUAGAGGCUGGCACGGACAAGGAAGACGGUAGACAAUUUGAUAGAGUGGAACAGAACUACUCUUUAGAAAUGAAGUUAGCUUUAGGCAUUGAGGAUGGGAAGUCGUAGAAAUGUGCACAUGAAAGUGCUUUAAUUAGAAUCGUGUGUAUGUUAGAUUAGAGCACUAAGUAGUUUGGGCUUGGUUUAUAAAUUGUUUAUUUGACUUGUUGCUUCUGUGAGCAGUGUUGCAAUAAUGUGGUUAUUAAGAUCACUCUUGCUGGUUACAUUUCGAACAUCAUGUAAGGUUCUUUUAUUUAUCUUGAUGAUUAUGUUUUGUUUAUUUUGUUGUAUUUAUUUAGUGUAGUUGCUUGGAGAUGUGGUUGAACAUCCAAUUAGUUGGCAAAGUAUGAGUGCACA